GGUGCUGGGAACUUGGUGUGAGAUGGUCUGUGGAUGCUGGUGUCAGCUGACAAUCCCCGCAAACAUAAAUUCAUAUCUAAGAAGGAGAUAGCAUACAUCGAAAGGAAGAUUGGCUUCAACACUAACAUUCAAGCCCAAUCCACCCCCUGGUUGGCUAUGGCCAAGUCUGGACCUCUCUGGGCCAUCAUUCUGGCUCAUAUGUGCAACAACUGGACCGGCUAUACUCUCAUCACUGUCCUCCCAACUUUCAUGAGGGAAGUUCUCAAGUUCGAUAUUCUCCAGAACGGGGUCCUCUCCUCCAUACCUUUUAUUUGUCGUGCAGUGGAAAUGGUCGUAUCUGGUCAAGUCGCUGACCUCCUCAGAGCUAGAACCAGCCUUGGAACUACCAAGGUCCGGAAGAUCAUUCAAGGCGUAGUCUAA